AUGACCAUCUGUGCGGCACUGGUGUCCAAUCAGAAGAGGAUAACAGAAGCGGAUGGGUUGUGGAAUGGGGAAGGGGGAAGUGGAGGUGGCAAUGGUGCUGAAAGAGGAAAGGGUGGGGGGCAGUGGCUGGCGAAGGAGGAAGUGGGAAUGUUGGAAGGGGAAGAGGGUAGUGGCUGGGGAAUGGGGAGGGGGAGGAGAGGGGGUAUUUCAUCCGUGGGCAUCACCCAUUCCUUUGCUAUGGGUGUCAUAGGUGGAGCCAAUACUAGACACACUAUUUACGAUGUAGAGGGGAAGAAGUUUGUCUUUCAUCUUGUUCCUUCAGGUAUUCUUAACGAGGAAACUGUGUGUGUGAUUGGUAAUGGGGUUGUAGUGCAUUUACCAGGGUUGUUUGAAGAAAUUGAUGGCCUUGAAUCUAAUGGGGUCUCCUGCAAAGGUAGAAUAUUGGUAUCUGAUCGUGCUCACUUGUUAUUUGAUUUUCAUCACGUAGUAGAUGGCCUUAGAGAGGCCGAGCUAGCUAAUUCCUUUAUUGGCACUACCAAGAGAGGCAUUGGACCAUGUUACUCCAGCAAAGUUAUUCGCAAUGGCACUAGAAUAUGUGACCUUAGGCAUAUGGACACUUUACCUCAGAAGCUUGAUCUGUUAUUGUCAGAUGCAGCUUUAAGAUUCCAAGGUUUUAAGUAUAGCUCAGACAUGCUCGAAGAAGAAGUUGAAAAAUACAAGAGAUUUGCUGAGAGGUUGGAACCCAUCAUUGCUGACACUGUGCAUGUCGUGAAUGAAUCCAUUGCACAAAAGAAGCAGAUUUUAGUGGAAGGUGGUCAGGCAACCAUGCUGGAUAUUGACUUUGGAACCUAUCCAUUUGUAACUUCCUCUAGCCCAUCAACUGGUGGAAUCUGUACUGGUCUUGGCAUUGCCCCUAGAAUUCUUGGUGACCUAGUUGGAGUGGUUAAAGCGUACACCACUAGAGUUGGUUCAGGUCCUUUCCCAACAGAAAUCUUGGGUAAAGGUGGUGACCUCCUUAGGUUUGCUGGGAAGAAGUUUGGCACGACUACUAGUCGUCCUCGUCGUUGUGGCUGGCUUGAUGUAGUUGCUCUAAAAUACUGCUGUCAGAUUAAUGGCUUUUCUUCUCUAAAUCUCACUAAGCUUGAUGUCUUGUCGGAUCUUCCUGAAAUUCAGUUGGGGGUAUUGUAUAAACACAUUGAUCGUACACCAGUCAAAUCCUUCUCUGGUGAUCUUCGUGUUCUCGAGCAACUGAAGGCAAGCAUUUCUUUUUCCUUUCCAUAUAUUUAUUUGGAGCUGGUAUCUAAACUUACACAGGGUUGUGUAUAG